GGGCAACAAAAAGAAGGAUAAUAACUACUCAUUAAAUAAAAAUGUGGGUACUAAAGUUUGGGGAGAAACUGAGGAUUACGUAUAUAAAAGUGUGGGGAGCUACCAAAAGCGAGAUCAUAAUUACUCAUUAUUCUAUAGCUCUUAAUCUCAUUUACUUUCUCCACCAUCUUAUAUCAUCUUCUUGUCCUUCCAUUGGCAAAGAGUCAAAGAGAGAAAGAGAGAUAGAGAGAAAGAAUGGGAAAGAAAGGAGAAGGGUUCUUUCUGAGCAGAAUAAGGGCUAAUGUAAGAGUCCAACCACCGACAACUACGAGCCAGCAUGGCUGCAGCCACGAGCCACCAACCACCUCCAUAGGGAUAAAAGGAAGAAGAAUAAUGGUUGUGGUUGAUUCUUGCUCGGAGGCUAAGAACGCUUUGCUUUGGACUCUCUCGCAUUGUGCUCAGCCUCAAGAUUCCAUUCUUCUUCUCCAUUUUAUUAAAGCUAAAACCUCUCAAUCAGGUGAUCUAGCUAACAAAAAAGAAGGAGAAGACGAAUCUUGUGACAAACCAACAACGUCAAGAGCUGAUAAAAAGGUUUCAGCCUUGAAAACCAUGUGUGAACUUAAAAGACCCGAGGUAAAGACAGAAGUGGUGGUUGUAAAAGGUGACGAGAAGGGUCCGACCAUAGUGAAAGAGGCAAGAGAACGAGAAGCGUCCUUAUUGGUUCUAGGCCAGAAGAAACAACAUGCUACAUGGCGGCUACUAAUGGUAUGGGCGUCGCAGUCCCGACCCGCGCCCAAACACGACUUCGUCGAGUAUUGCAUCAACAACUCUCCUUGCAUGGCUAUUGCGGUUCGUAAGAGAGGCAAGAAACUUGGUGGAUACACUCUUACAACUAAACGUCACAAAGAUUUCUGGCUUCUUGCCUGAAAUAGUUAUCUAUUCACAUCUAAAUUAAUAUAACCUUUCUAAAAAAAUUACUUUAUUUCAUGGUUGUGGAUUUUGUGGGUGCGAGUAUUUUACGACUUUUACUUCUUUCAACUUAUUUGUUUAUGUUUGUAUGUAAAAAACUUUAGUUUUAAGUAUGGAUUUCUUACGGCUA